CAAGAAAGUACAAACGGAGGCAGUCAAGGAGGUCGAGAGCGCGAGGAAAGAGAGAGAAGGGCAAUGGCGGAGCCAAGACGAUUGAGAGGACACAAAGCCACCGCCACCUGCUGCGUCGCAUCACGUGACCGGCCUGGCAUCGUCGCAACCGCGGGAGAGGAUGGGUGCGUUUGUAUGUUUGAUAUGAGAUGCAAAGAAGCACAACAUAUGAUGGAUGUUGGGGAGGAACCUAUCACUUCUUUAUGUUUCAAGCCCGGGAACGAAGAUAUCAUCUAUGUUUCUUCAGGAAAAGAAGUAAAGUGUUUUGAUGUGCAUAUGGCUACAUCAUGGAAUCCAUUGGAGACUUACAACUAUAACAAAGAGGAGAUAAAUCAGAUAGUUUGCAACUCUAAGGCUGCUUUUCUUGCUUGUGCUGAUGACAGUGGUGAUGUUAAGAUCAUCGACAUCCGCCAGCAUUGCCUAUAUAAGUCUUUGAGAGCUGGUCACUCAAGUAUAUGCAGCAGUGUGCAAUUUGUUCCUUGGAGACCUUGGGAAGUGAUUACUGGAGGGCUUGAUUCAAAGCUUGUUAUGUGGGACUUCUCUAAAGGGCGGCCUUACAAAGUUGUCGAUUUUGGGUUGCCUGAUACAAGUGCUAGUAGUGCGGGACAGUGUUUAAAUCCUGCUUUUGUUCAUGCGAUAGCGGUUCCAGAUGCUGAUAUGUUAGACGCGUCAGGCAAGAUAUGUGCCGUGGCUAGAGGUGAUGGUGCAGUUGAUGUGAUUAAUAUCGAAUCAGAAGUUGCCUGUAGUAGGUUAAAGAACUCAAAACCCCGUAAGAGAUCUCAGUCAAUGUCUAAAGACAAAUCAGUGGCCAGUGGGGAAUCGAAUCAAAAUGGAAGCAGUAGGUUGCAUCUGGAUUACUCCAUGGGUGGCCAUACUGCUGCUGCAUCUUGUGUAGCGUUUUCAUUGUUUGGGGAAAGGGGGAAGUUUGUAAUUUCUGGCGGAAAUGAUAGGUCAGUAAAGGUCUGGUGUUGCUCCAGAUAUCUUGAGGAAGGACAUUCUGGCAGCAACAGAGAUCUUCUGCAUCUGAACAUCAGUCUGAACAAAAAGGUCAACUGGCUGUGCACCACGCCAACUGAGUCGGAAAAUCUUAUCGUCUGCGACACAACCAAAGUUGUUAAAGUCUUCUCUGUUUUAUAAAUUAAGUAUGCAACCGUUUUUUAGUCUAGAGGACAUUACUCGACAGCAUGCCUGUUCCGGCACAGGUGGACAUUGGUUUUCAUUUGUAUUUGCUGUAAUUUCUCUGAAGAAUGUGCUCAGUGAUUCAAGGACAAUUCUGUGCAGGAGUUGUCCACGACAAAGCAUGCCAUGGAAUUGGCGUGGUCUAACUCCAACACUAGCUCAGAACAAGACGCAACAUGUAAUGGCAUGGGUUUAAAUCUGAGUUGGAGUAAUAGGUAUUUAAUAUGGUGAUCAAAUUGUCAUGUUCCUUAGAAUACAUAUUAGCCGUGAACACAUAUUUAGAACUAGAGAGAAUGUAAUGUUAUCCCAGCUGGGUAUUUGGUAGUUUUUUAUUCACUGUAACAAUAAAGUUUCAUUGAUUCAUUUGGAAUGUCAUUAGAAUUUUAUGUU